GUAUUCAAUUUACCCCUAUUCAGUCCUUUCGCGAUGCGGCAUCAAACAUCCAAAGCCAAUACCUUUCUUGGGCAACAUAUUCAUGUUUCGUCAGGGUUUUUUCAGUCCUAUCAAUGAGCUCAUAAAGACACAUGGGAGAGUCUGUGGGUAUUAUUUGGGCCGCAGACCGGUAGUGGUGGUGGCGGACCCUGACAUGCUGAGACAAGUGAUGGUGAGGGACUUCAGCAGCUUCCCAAACAGAAUGACUGUUCGCUUUGCCACCAAGCCAAUGACGGACUGUCUGCUCAUGUUGAGGAAUGAACGUUGGAAGAGAGUGCGGAGCAUCCUGACCCCAUCAUUCAGCGCUGCCAAGAUGAAAGAGAUGGUCCCGCUCAUCAACACAGCCACCGUUGCCCUGAUGAACAACUUGAAUGUUUACGCUGAGUCAGGAGAGGCCUUCGACAUCCACAAGUGUUUUGGCUGCUUCACCAUGGACGUUAUCGCCAGUGUGGCAUUCGCUACUCAGGUGGACUCUCAGAACAACCCAGAUGACCCGUUUGUCCGCCAUGCGCAGAUGUUCUUCUCCUUCUCUUUCUUCAGGCCCAUCAUGCUGUUUUUCAUUGCUUUUCCAUUCAUCAUGGCUCCUCUGGCGGGACUGAUCCCCAACAAAAGACGAGACCAGAUGAAUCAUUUCUUCAUCAACAGCAUUCAGAAGAUCAUCCAGCAGAGAGAGGAACAGCCUCCUGAACAGAGGCGUCGAGACUUCCUUCAGCUUAUGUUGGAUGCACGAACCAGCAAAGAGAGUGUUUCAUUGGAACACCUUGAUUCGGCAAACCCAUCUAGUGAGACAGAUCACAGGAACCAGCAGACACAACCGCCAGGCUCCGAUCAGGAGCACCCACAAGAGCCCCCCACCAGGCGUCCACAGAAAAAGAUGAUAACUGAGGAUGAGAUCGUGGGGCAGGCUUUUGUCUUUCUUCUGGCAGGCUACGAGACCAGCAGCAACACGUUGGCCUUCACCUGCUACCUCCUGGCCAUCCAUCCCGAAUGCCAAGUCAAAGUACAGGAAGAGGUGGAUGAUUUCUUUACCCGACAUGAGUCACCAGAUUACACAAAUGUCCAGGAGCUGAAGUAUUUAGACAUGGUUAUAAGUGAAGCCUUGCGCCUCUAUCCCCCCGGAUUCAGGUUUGCGAGAGACAUCGAUAAUGACUGCGUGGUGAACGGCCAGUUCCUCCCUAAAGGAGCGACACUGGAGAUCCCAGCAGGCUUCCUCCACUAUGACCCAGAGCACUGGCCAGAGCCUGAGAAGUUCAUUCCUGAGCGAUUCACACAAGAAGCCAAGGCCAGUCGACAUCCAUUUGUAUACCUGCCGUUCGGGGCCGGUCCCCGUAACUGCGUGGGAAUGAGGCUCGCCCAACUGGAAAUCAAAAUGGCUCUCGUGUGUCUAUUCCGCAGGUUCAGCAUUGUGGCGUGCGCUGAGACCAAGGUUCCUCUUGAGUUGAAGUCGUCGAGCACUCUAGGACCCAAGAACGGCAUAUUUGUGAAAAUUCAAAGAAGAGACACUGGAGAAGUGAAUUCUCCACCAGGCAAUUAGAAAGUGACCGUUCAUCUUCUUGCAUGGUAGAAAAAUUCUUUGACCAGUUACAAAGCAUUCUGCAGGUCCAUGUGUGUGUGAGCAGUUUUCUGGAUCUGUUCCUUUACCUUAGGGUUAGUUUUAAGUUAUCAUACGCUGUGCUGCUCCAUAAACUAUCUCAUCUAGUGCCUUUUCUUUUUGUGUGGAAGGUGGGCUGAAGCUGAGACAUUGCGU